AUGUCUGCCAGUUUCCUCAGCGGCCUCAACCUCACGUCCAUCCUACCACCCGACUCGCAAUGGAUUGCUCCAUGGGUCACGCAGGUCCUUCAGAGUGUCGAGGGUGAGAUCGCGCAGGGCCACUCGCCGUACCCGGCGUUCGAGCAGACGGUCCUUCGUAUCUUCUACCCGUCCGUGACGCCUGGCUUCCGAGCAAUGCUCUGGUUCCUUGCCGGCCUCUUCUCCCUGUCCAUCAUUAUCGUUCUCGCGAGUCUCGUCCUCCGACUCCAGCAAGGACGCUUCUGGCUCUUCCACCGCGUGGACAAGACGAUCGUGAUUCCAAACAUCUCGACGAUUUACGGCAUUUGCGCCCUGGCCUAUGCAGCUCUCGGCAUCCUCUCAAUCGUCACCGCCGUACGCAUCUCAAAGGGGGAGCGCUUCCCGCGCUACUACCUCGGUCUUCAAGCGGGAUGGAUCGCGCCGCUCUGGGUCGGCUUCUUCUGCGAAGCAUGGGCGACCAUUUCUGCUUGGUACAUCCGCAAGAAGGGCGCCUUCUACCGGGAGUCGCGGUGGAAGACCAUCGUCGCCCUCACUCUCCCUUUCCUUCUGCCCAUCUGCGCCUUCGUCCCGGUGGUCGUCAUCAUGUUCAUCGCCGCACACUCCUUCAACAACGGCUACCGCGACGCCAUGUCGAUCGUUUCGCAGCUCAAGGUGUAUGACCAGUCGUGGACGCCUGCGAAAGGCCUCGACAUCGGCAACCUCCUCAACUUCUUCACGCUGGGUGAGAAGUUCGGUGCGGAGAUGCGCGAUUACUCGAAGUAUGUGCGGAUCGGCUACUUGUACAUCGCCUUCACGCUCCUCGUCACUUUUGCCGUCUACACAACCGGCGCCUCGCUCGAGAUCCGCCAUCUCUCAGCAACGAUCAAGAAGCUCCGCGCACAGGGCAAGAUGCCUCGCCUCCGUCCGCGCUCGCCCUUGACAAACUUCCGCCGUGGCACGACGAGCAAGAGCGCGCAACUGCCGGAGACGAAGCCCGAGAAAUCACCAGUUGACCCGCUUGACGACGAGUUCUUCGCGGGCGUCAAGCGACAGUGGACGUUGUUGGCUUGGGCGAGGAACAACCGGUUUUAUUCCGCUUGCGCGAUCGGUCUCAUGUUGCUCGUCAACGCCGCCAUGGCGUUCUGGCUCGGCGUCUCGCCGCUCUCGCUCAUGACCAACUCGGCCCAGUUCCAAGUCCAGCUCCUCGUCGCAUGCUGGCUCAACGGCAUCCUCUCGACCGUCGUUGCACUCCUCAUCCUCUUCCGCUCGCUCGACGGCAGUUCGCCCACCGUCCAGCACCUGCGUCGCUACCUCCCCUUCUUGCCCUUCCCUCCCGCAAUCUCGAUCACGGAUCCCUCGCGCGCAACAUCCCUCAACACGAAGCAGUCGCGCGCGGACGGCGGCGCAGCUUCGCACGUCGAUUCGCGCAUGGAUGAGCCGCCCAAGUACCCCGGAUCCAGCUGGUCAAACGCCCACACGCCUGUCAUGGAAGAGCGCAAGGGCGGCACUGCGUUCCUCGAGGUGCCGCAGCAGCAUGCAGCGGUCGACUUCGGACUGCCCGAGACCGAGUACCUCGACGACGAGUACGAUCUCGAUGCGGCGCUCGACAACGCUUGGUACGGCUUCGGGGCGUCGCAUAUCGCUGGACGGGACCCGCCGGAGGUCGACAACCUCCAUGUCGUGCUCGAGAUGCUUGAGCGGCCGGCGUCGUCGAUGGGAGAAGGGACGAGUAGUGCGGUGCACACGGAGCUGGGCGGCGGAGAGGGCACAAGCAUCAGGGCGAGGACGGACUCGUGGGACGGCAGCCUGAGAAGCCAGCGGAGCCAUGAGCGGUUUGACUAG